ACUCUCCAAGUCUCUGUUUUAACUUACCUAAGGACCAUAGUUUAAGGAUUACAGUUCACAACGAACACUACUGUGUAGGCAUGCCAGAAGGACAGAGGCUUAAUGAUCGACGUGGGCCAUCAGUGGAUAAUCUGAAGGAUGUGCACAGGAUGGCACUGAAAGAGGAGUCUGUCAAGUGCUCUCCUGGUCUUAAACGGCACAUUUCUCCAGAAGAGGGGCCUGUAACUCCAGAAAUUCUGCACCAUUCUGAUUCUAAUCCCCCUGUCUGCAGUGAUGUCAAGCUGUUGCAUGGAGUCACACAGAACAGAGACAAACGGAAAGGUUCCUACUCUACAGGACUUGAGGAAAGUAGCGAGGGGUCCAAACGGCUCUGUUAUAAUGACACAAAGAUGGGAGAUGAUGAUUUCGCAUCAUUGAUACGCAGCUGUCUGCAGCAUAGACAAAGCCAUAGCCCUAGAUUUCGAGACCCUGAGUGUCAAGAAUUAGAUCGUGUCAAAAUAAAACAAGAAAACACGGAGUAUCCAGUGAGCAUUGAUGGUGUUCCACCUGCACUGGAGCCAGGAGAUUUUUCACAUCAACCUAAGGAAUUAUCUAUGAUGCCCAAGAAGUCCAUUCUCAAGAAGCGAAUUAAGCUUGAGAAUACCAGUUCCAGCCAGGAUAGUUCUCUCCAUUCUGAACACUCAUCCCUUCCACUAAGUGACACUAUUGCUGAUGUUGCCUCCAAGCCUGACCAUCAGACUGUGCUAGAAAGUCCUUUCAGAGAGGAGCUUGGAAGUUCUCUAUGCAACAAAGAAAACUUGGAUCAGAAUGCUCAGGUCCCUGAGGAACAUACAGACUUCUUGCUACCUCAUGAACGAGCUAUUCAGGAUGGUAGUGGAUUUUCUCGCAUUCUGAGUAUGUUGACAGAUUCCACCAACAUAGAGGGAAGAAAGUGGUUUAGUUUCUUUGAUAUUGAGGAUGAGGAGAAAUUUCUCUAUGGAGACGAAGAAAACGUUUUAAAUUCAGAAUGUCCACCAAAGUCUCCUGUGGGCUCAGAGAGUGAAGUAAUGAGACAGAAGGCAAGUUGCUACACCCCAGCUAUUAUGCGGAAAUCGACCAGUCCUGAACGUCUCAAAAUUCAUGAAUUGGUCAGGACUGUAGGUCUAGAUACUGUGAUGUCUGAGAUUAGCAAACUGGCUUCAUCCUCCCAGGAUCUACAGUAA